AUGGGUUGCGGAAUGAGCACUGAGGAUAGAGAGGGGAAGGCGCGAAAUGAGGAGAUUGAAAACCAGCUCAAGCGGGACAAGAUGAUGCAGAGGAAUGAGAUCAAGAUGCUACUUCUCGGAGCUGGAGAGUCGGGCAAGUCCACCAUCCUCAAACAGAUGAAGCUCAUCCACGAGGGUGGUUACUCGCGUGACGAACGGGAGUCCUUCAAGGAAAUCAUCUACAGCAACACCGUUCAGUCGAUGCGGGUCAUCCUGGAGGCUAUGGAGUCGCUGGAGCUGCCUCUUGAAGAUAGCCGCAACGAAUACCAUGUGCAGACCAUCUUCAUGCAGCCUGCUCAGGUCGAAGGUGACAGCCUUCUUCCUGAGGUCGGCAAUGCCAUUGCAGCCUUGUGGCAUGAUGCUGGUGUCCAGGAGUGCUUCAAGCGCUCCCGUGAAUACCAGCUGAACGAUUCGGCGAAAUAUUACUUCGAUUCUAUCGACCGCAUUGCUCAGCCUGAUUACCUCCCGACGGACCAGGAUGUCCUGCGUUCCCGUGUGAAGACCACUGGUAUCACCGAAACCACCUUCAUCAUCGGUGACUUGACGUAUCGGAUGUUCGAUGUCGGCGGUCAGCGAUCAGAACGUAAGAAGUGGAUCCAUUGCUUCGAGAAUGUCACGACAAUCCUCUUCUUGGUGGCCAUCUCGGAAUAUGACCAACUGCUCUUCGAGGACGAGACGGUCAACCGUAUGCAGGAAGCCUUGACACUGUUCGAUUCUAUCUGCAACUCUCGGUGGUUCGUCAAGACCUCCAUCAUCUUGUUCCUUAACAAGAUCGAUCGCUUCAAGGAAAAGCUUCCCGUUAGCCCAAUGAAGAACUACUUCCCCGACUACGAGGGCGGUGCCGACUAUGCCGCUGCUUGUGAUUACAUCCUCAACCGUUUUGUGUCUUUGAACCAGGCGGAACAGAAGCAGAUUUAUACCCACUUCACCUGUGCCACCGACACCACCCAGAUCCGAUUCGUCAUGGCAGCUGUAAACGAUAUCAUCAUUCAAGAGAACCUCAGGCUUUGCGGUUUGAUUUAA